GCUCUGAAAGCAAAGACGUGUCGUGACAACAUCAGUACACGCCCACCGCAUCCGGAAGUACUGCGGGCUUGAGGAUUUGUUUUGAUGGCAUCAUAGCAAGUUAAAUCGUUGUGUCUUCACGCCUUAUUUAGAGUCACUAAGUUUGAAAGCUCCUUGAAAUCGAUAUUUUUCAGUCUUGCCUUUAUUUUAUUUCGGAGUUCGAGGUCGCGAAGUUCAACUCAAGAAAGAAACGCAAAUCCUCGGAGGAGCUGCUAUGAUGAAGAACAGGUUAAAAUGAUUUGCCAUUUAGCCGUGAAGCUGAACUCAGUUAACAGCCUUUAAACGUCAAUCAUGGAUUGUACAGCUCUUGAACUCGAUGCUAUUAAAUUUGCCAAAUCAGCUGUACUGCAUGAUCAGAAGGGGAAAUACAAUGAAGCUGUUUUCUACUAUAAGGAAGCUGCCCAGGCUCUCAUCUAUGCAGGCAUGGCUGGAUCCAAUCUAGAGAACAUUCAAGACAAAGUAAACGAGUACUUGGACAGAGUACAGACUCUACUCAGUGCCGUUCAAGCACAGAGCAGUGACCCUCUGAAGAGUAAGCAUCAGCUGGAUCUGGAGAGGGCGUACUUCCUGGUGACACAGGCUUUUGAAGAGGAUGAGAAGGAAAACGCAGAUGAGGCCAUUGAGCUCUAUACACAAGCUGUGGAGUUGUGUAUUCAAGCGUCCAAUGAGACAUCAGAUCAAGCACUACAGGGGAAACUGAAGCAGCUUGCUCGGCAGGCUCUGGACAGGGCAGAGGGACUGAAAGACUCUCUUAGUAAACCAGCAAACCAGGAUAAGGCUGCCUCCUCUGCAUCCAAAGGCCCUGCUCAGGUGAGGCAGUUCUUUCCGCUGGGCCCAGACUUCUCCCUCCAGGACAAAGCGCAGCCGGUCCGAGCAGUGCAGUCCAGUGAGCCGCAGGGUCAACGUUACACAGCAGAGGAGAUUGAGGUGCUCAGGAAGACCUCUAAGAUAAAUGGAAUUGAAUAUGUUCCAUUCAUGAGUGUUGACCUGAGGGAACGUUUUGCGUUUCCUGUUCCAUUCUCGGACAAAUGUGGGAAACUAGCUCUGUCGCCAAAGCAGAAAGCUGUAUUCUCACGCUGGGUUCGACCUGAUGACAUCUGCAAUAACCCCACCAUGAUCUACACUGUGUCCAGCUUCAGCAUCAAGCAGACGGUUGUGUCAGACUGUUCUUUCGUUGCCUCAUUGGCCAUCAGCGCAGCGUAUGAGAGACGCUACAACAAAAAAUUAAUCACAAGCAUCAUCUACCCACAGAACAGGAAAGGAGAGCCAGAGUAUAACCCUUGUGGGAAGUACAUGGUGAAACUGCACAUUAACGGCGUCCCGAGAAAGGUGAUUAUUGACGAUUUCCUCCCGGUGGAUCGCAAUGGCGAGCUGCUUUGCUCCUACUCCAGUAAUCGCAAUGAACUUUGGGUGUCGCUCAUUGAGAAGGCUUACAUGAAGGUCAUGGGUGGAUACGAUUUUCCAGGCUCCAACUCUAAUAUUGAUUUGCACGCUCUCACCGGCUGGAUCCCAGAGCGUAUCGCUAUGCACUCAGACAAUCAGUCCUUUAACAAAGAUGACACUUUCCGCAUGCUUUACCAGAGGUUUCACAGAGGAGAUGUUCUCAUCACCACGGCGACAGGGGUCAUGACUGAGGAGGAGGGAGAGAAGUGGGGUUUAGUGCCCACACAUGCAUACGCUGUCCUAGACAUCAGGGAAUACAAGGGUAAACGCUUCCUCCUGCUGAAGAACCCAUGGAGCCAUCUCCGGUGGAAAGGGCGAUAUAGCGAACGUGAUGAAAAGAACUGGACACCAGAUCUUCUUAAAUACCUAAAUUUUGACCCCAAAACCGCACAGAAGUUUGACAAUGGUGUAUUUUGGAUCAUCUGGGAAGACUUGUGCCAGUAUUACGAUGUCAUCUAUUUGAGCUGGAAUCCAGCACUGUUUAAAGAAUCCUCAUGUAUUCACAGUAGCUGGGAUGGCAAACAGGGACCGGUGAAAGAUGUCUACAGCUUGGCCAAUAAUCCUCAGUACAAGCUGGAGGUGCAGUGUCCUCAAGGGGGCGCUGCUGUAUGGGUCCUACUAACCAGACACAUCACUGACAAGGAUGACUUUGCUCAAAACCGGGAGUUUAUUACUUUAGUAGUUUACAAAACCAAUGGCAAGAAAGUCUAUUAUCCAGCUGAACCUCCUCCCUACAUUGAUGGCAUCAGGAUCAACAGUCCUCACUACUUAACCAAGAUCAAGCUGACUAGUCCUGGAACUCACACCUUCACACUGGUGGUCUCUCAGUAUGAGAAACAAAACACCAUCAACUACACACUAAGGGUGUACUCGGUAUGCAAGUUUAAUUUCUCCAAAAUCCCAACACCCUUCACCAACACCAAAAGAAUAAAUGGCCAGUGGAAGGGGGCCAGUGCAGGAGGUUGUGGAAACUACAGAGAUACCUUCAAGAACAACCCCAUAUACCAGUUCAACAUGGAGAAAGCAGGCCCUCUGCUAAUCGAACUACGUGGUUCGAGGCAGUACAGCGUGGGCUUUGAGGUGGUGACCGUUUCUACUGCAGGGGAUUCUGGAUCAUCAGAUUCUCAAAAGAGAGGGAGCGGAGAUUACCGAUGCGGUUUCUGUUAUAUGGAGGUCGAGAACUUGCCUGCCGGGAUUUACAAUGUCAUCCCCUCUACCUUCCUGCCCAAACAGGAAGGCCCGUUCUUCCUGGACUUCAGCAGUGCCACUCCACUGCGGGUUUCUCAGCUGCAAUAACAGUCCCAGAUCAUUGGCCCACCGGAUUGUUUCCGCAGUUUUGAGACACUGAAGAUGCUCUAGACAGCGCUUAUUGCUCACUAAAGCAUGGAUACGCUCAUUUACCAAAUAAAUAAGCACCACUCACUGAUGGUACCUGACAUAGUGCCAUAUUUGUCAUGUUAGCGUGUAAUAGAUAGUGUACGACUGCUCUGACUCCUGUGCCGUUGCAGUGCCAUGCUUGGAGGAAGUGUUCAAUCAGCCAAAAACACACUCCUUUAAGUUCUGCAGUCCAAAGUUGCAUUCAAAGACGACAGUGUGCGUGUACACUUAACCUGAAAUGACUGUUUUUCACUCAGGAGACGGCAAUAAAACAGGGAUGUAUAUUAAUGAUGUCUGAUGAUAGAUCAGAGGGAUCUAUUUCUGUGUCUCCAUACCAAGGGCUCUUCCUCCUUUUUAUCCCCAUUAUGUGCAUCAAAUGUCAAUUUGCUCAGUUUGAGUCACUAUCUACCAGCACAACAGAGUACUGUAUGUUUACAGAACAUAAUAGCAAUGACCUGAAUGUUCUUACAUCAUAAACUUUCGACUGAAUGUGAUGUAAUGGGGAUUGCUUAAAGCUGAUUUUCAUUCAUCUGCUCUGAUGUAUUUAUUUGCAGAUUAAAAUGAAGGUGAACAUGUUAUCAGACAUUAUCACAUUUUUUACACCAGUAACUUUUACAAUAAGGUUUUAUUAGAUAACAAACUAACAAUGAAUAUUACCAUUACUUCUUUCAGUAUUUAUUGUUUUUAGUUGAUUUCCACAUAUAUUUAUCAAUUUGGCAGGUGCUUGGUUUAUAUUUUGGCUGUUUGUGUAUUCCCAUGUUUUUUUUGUUUUUAGUAAAUGAAUACUUCUUUUCAGCAA